AUGAUGAAAAAAUAUUCAUUAUAUAAUAAUAAUGCAUCAUGGGAUUUGACACAAUCUCGAAUAUCAAAUAUUAUUGAACAAUCAAAAUAUUCUAAUAAUUAUGAAGAUGAAUUAUCAAAUUCAUCAUAUAAUUCACAAAUUUUAGAUAUGAUUCGUUCGAUUGUUGAUGAAUUAUAUCAAAUAAAUAAUGAAGAAAAUUUAUCAAGAAAUGAACCAAAAGAAAAACGUGUUCGUUUUACUCUUAAACACAAAACAGAUAAAACUGAAUCAAUUAUUUCAAAUAAAUCCGAAUCAACUGAAACAUCAAUUAAAAAUAAUUUCGAAAAAGAUAAAUCAUCAAUUAAAUCUCAACCACUUUUAUCGGAUUCUACAACAGUUAUCUGUUGUUUAAUUAAAGGUCGUUCAAAAGUUGAUUGUAGUGUAUCAACAAAUGAUCUUCCUUCUCUUCAAUGUGAAUGUGCUACACAAACGAUGAAUAUGACAGUUUUUCCAGAAUGUAAACAUUCAUUAAUGACAUUAUUAACAGUCAAUGAUGAUCAAGCAAGUAUUGAUCUUCAUCGAUCGAGAAGUCAUAUCACAUUAUCCACAACAUCGAUCUCUUCCAAACUGACAACCAAUCAUCAUUCUUCUUCAUUUUCAACAACAAAUCAUACAACAUGUGUAAAUUCAUCACUUUAUUCUUGUGAAAAUAAUAAUAUAGUAUCAUCAUUAAGUACAGCUCAUCAAUUAAUAAUUCCAACUCAAGCAAAACAUUAUGAUAUAUGUCAAGAACAAAUAUUAGAUAAUUAUAAUACAUUGAUUAAUUCUAAUAUUAAUAUUUUCAAUUCAUCAUCCAAAUUAAAAGACAGAACUAAAUUAGAUAAUUAUGAUAUACUAUCGAAAUCUAAUAGAAAAUUUUCAAAUGAAAAUAUAACUGAAACAAAUAUUAAACUUUGUACAUGUUCAAAACGAAAACUAUCUGAUAUUCAUAUUUCUAUGUUAAAAUUUGCUCUUUCUAAUCAAGAUAAAUUACUUAAAGAACUUCAUUUAUCAAAACGAUCUCUUCAAUCAAUGUAUAAUGAUGGUCUCUACUACGUUCAUGAUCUUGUAUUAGUUUUUAUAAGAAAUAUUUCUCAAUUUUAUCAAAUUCUUUUAAAACAUUAUUAUUUAUCAAAAAAACAAGCCAAUUUAUUUGUAAAAAUCAUGAAUAAAUGGUGGAAAAAGCAUCAAACAAAAUUUAUUGAUAUAAAUGAAAAAUCAUUAAAAAGUAAUAUUAUCAAAUGA